ACUGUGGGGUUGAAAUUGUUGGUGUAAAUUUUUCGAAUGACUGAGACAAAUGUUGAAUAUUAUCUCCUUGGUACAGGGUAGGAUGUCACCCCAUAACGGCACUUGCAUGGCAGAAUCCAGUUCACUUCGUAGUUUAUCAUCUGACGAUGUGUCAGCAACAAAAUCCAGGAACAAAUCGUGUUGGGCCCGUGCAACCGAUCCAGCUCAUCGACGUGGCAGACGUAUCCAAUUGCUACAAAUGCUUGUAUUACCAUUUAUACCGAUACUCGCUUUAAUUGUACAAACGGCUAAUACUCUUCAUGACAUUCUUAUUUAUCGACAAGAAGUCUCCGACAUCGAGACACAGGUGACCAUUGCUACCGAUCUUGGGGUUGUCGUCACACGUCUGCAGCUCGAGCGAUCUGAAGUCGCUUUUUUUAUCUACACCAAUCACAGCAAAAUGAGCGAUCAGUACGAUUUCCGGAGGUUGAACCUGACCCAGAGAUACGCAACGACCGACGAAACGUUGAGGAACCUGACGACGUGGCCCCUGGUGACAGUUCCAACGGACGAGGCCAAGACCCAGACCUACGACGUCGUCAAUCGAGAGGCUUUUCAAGCUCGACUCGACGACUUCAGGCAAAAAAUAAACGAAGAGAGUAGUAUAUCCGAGGUGAUGACUUGGUACGAGAACGUCAACGCAGAAAUGCUGAAUAUCCUGACGAAUCAGAUUAAAGAGACUGACAACAGCGGAGUCUGGAGAUAUUUAAUCGCCUUUAAGAAUUUGUUACGGAGCAUCGAGAGCAUCGGCAUUUCCUCGGUUUAUGGAAUAAAUUAUUUCGGUCGGGGAAUUCUCCUGAAGGAGAGUUACGUUAGCUAUAUCAGACACGAGGCACUUGGAAGGGAUUUACUUAAUGGAUCACUCUCCUAUGUACCACAUCUCAAGGAAUUGUACAUUGAACUCACAAGGACAAUGCCUGAUUACGGCAAGAUGAAGUCAAGGCAAUUACCCCACAAUUUCAGCGAUAAACACGCAAUUAACAUUUUAAAUUUUUUUUGCGAAGUGGUAAAACGAGACGAGAUUUUACGUAAUCUCUCCCGGAAGCCGAGCGUCGCCGACGCAAUUGCUUAUUUCGAUUCCAUGGCGAUGUACGUCGACGAGCUCAGAAAAAUUCAAACAGAGUUGCGUCACAUGAUACGGGAGAACGUCAACUCGACGCUCCAGGAGGCGAGCAACAGACAGGUAGCCGGAAUAGCCAUCGUAGCCCUGGUCCUGGUAAUAUCUCCAAUCAUCAUAAUUCUGGUUCGAAAUGCUGUCGCAACGAUUCAGGUUUACGCUGCCAACCUGGCCCAAAAGGCGAGGGAAUUGAAGCGCGAGAAGAGGAAGAGUGACACCCUCUUAUUCCAGAUGCUACCACCAUCAGUAGCUCAACAACUCAAGCAGACGCAGCAGGUACCUGCUGAGUACUACGAGGCUGUCACCGUAUAUUUCAGUGAUAUCGUUGGAUUCGUCGAGAUCGCUGCUGAAAAUACACCCCUAGAGGUCGUGACGUUCCUCAAUUCGAUUUAUAAACUCUUCGAUGCGAGGAUCGAGUGCUAUGAUGUGUACAAAGUCGAGACCAUUGGGGAUUCCUACAUGGUGGCCUCAGGAUUGCCAGUGAGAAAUGGGGAUAAGCACGUGUCCGAGAUCGCGACGAUGGCCCUCGAUCUCCUCGCUGCCUCCUCGAUUUUUCAAGUUCCUAAGAGACCUGGGGAGCGGCUGCAAAUUCGCAGUGGUGCACACACAGGGCCGGUGGUUGCGGGAAUUGUUGGCACGAAGAUGCCACGGUAUUGCCUCUUCGGGGAUACCGUUAACACUGCGAGUAGAAUGGAAUCCACUGGAGAAGCGUUGCGAAUCCAUAUAAGUUUGGAGAUGAAGAAGGCCCUGGAGGCAGUUGGGGGUUUCAAGAUCAUGCACCGAGGGCUGGUGGACGUGAAAGGUAAAGGCCUGAUGGACACCUACUGGCUGGAGUGUAAAGACGGUGGAAUUGCCCGAGCAACGGAGCUUGACCUGCCGACAUUUUUCGAGGACGUUCGUCCAGUGUUCAUGCGUCGUCUCCGUGAGGAAGAGUCACUCUGAUGUGAGCCAUACUCCCGUCGGG